CAUAUUAUAAGCUGUAGAUGUCCAAAAUUUUUCAACAGUUUAGUUAGGCUUAGGCAUCAUCAUGAUUUCCUUAGCAGAUGUCUAUCAUGUAGUGACAGCCACUGUCCCAUUAUAUGUGACCAUGUUUCUAGCCUACAUCUCUGUGAAGUGGUGGAAGCUCUUCACACCAGAGCAAUGUUCUGGCAUAAACAAAUUUGUGGCCAAUUUCUCAGUCCCAAUUUUGUCCUUCCAAGUCAUUUCCUCCAACAACAUUUUCAAAAUGAGCCUCAAACUCAUGUAUGCAGACUUUGUCCAGAAGCUGCUUGCAUUUCUAGUGUUCACAGCAAUCAUCAAGAUCAGGGGCAGAGGGGGUUUGAAGUGGAUCAUAACUGGUCUCUCACUAUCAACACUUCCUAAUACUUUGAUCCUUGGAAUUCCACUCAUGAAGGCUAUGUAUAGAGAUGAGGCUUCUGUUCUCCUGCCCCAGAUUAUUUUUCUCCAGAGCAUGGUGUGGUACAAUUUGUUGUUGUUUCUUCAUGAGCUUGAUGCUGCAAUUCCUGCAAGGACCAUGCCUGUUGUUGCGCCUCCUCAAUCACAAGAAACAGGGGAAUCUGAGACUUCUCAAGAAAUACAAACAAAAGAAGAAGAGGAAGAAACAGAACAUGGAACGCAGAGGAAAACCAGGAUGUUGCUCAUUCUGAUGAAAGUAGGGAAUAAAUUAAUCAUUAAUCCCAAUACCUAUGCAACUUUCAUUGGUCUUGUUUGGGCAAGCAUACACUUCAGGUGGGGAGUGGAUAUGCCAGAUGUUGUUAAUCAGUCGAUAGACAUAUUGGCCAGUGGAGGUCUAGGCAUGGCAACUUUCAGCUUAGGUCUAUUUAUGGCAUCAAACUCCCGCAUCAUAACAUGUGGGCCAAGGAUGACACUGAUGGCAAUGGGCCUGAAAUUUCUUGUUGGGCCUGCCAUAAUGGCUGUAGCCUCCAUUGUGAUUGGAUUAAGAGAUAGAAUGCUCAAAGUGGCAAUUGUUCAGGCAGCUCUACCCCAAGGAAUUGUUCCUUUUGUUUUUGCCAGAGAGUAUAAUGUCCAUCCAGGCAUUUUAAGCACUGGGGUCUUGCUGGGAAUGCUCAUGGCCUUGCCAGUGGCAUUGACCUACUAUGUCCUCUUAUCACUCUGAGACACUAUGUUAAAUAGAUACCAGAAACAAUGACAGAAGAGUUGCAUUGGUGUAAAACUAACGGUUUACAUAGUUGUAUAUGGUUGGUAUUGAUUCAUAAAUAGUCAGAAAAAGAAAAAAUAUAUAUAUUUAUAACAUAUUUUGCUUUAGUAGAGAAGAACAUUUUGCAGCCGUUGACUCAACAGAGAAAUAAAGCAUACUUGUGCGUU